AUGAUCGGUUCGUUGGUGGUGUUGAUCUUUGGAAGCUGCUUUUUUGGCGCGUGUGCUGCUGGUGAUUUCGGGUUGCCCUACAACGUGCCCGGCUUUGAGAGUAGCUUCCGGAACACCAUUGGAACCGGAAUAGUGGCCAUCGUGAAGGCAAAUGCUACCCUAGCGAAGUACGAUGUGGCACUCGAUCGUAGUGGAACCACUGGUGUGUUGUACGGUGUUGCGAACAAUCUAACAUCGCCGCUGAAUAAGCUACUUGGCCACGUGGCAGCUUCAUUUGGUGUGAAUGGAACGGACUCCCGAAAAGCGUUGUUUGAAGAAUUGCAAGCCACAGUGGCGCCGACCACAGCCGCAUUGAAGCUGGCCGCCGGAAGAGUCCGCUCACUCGAAGGUGCUGUGCGAUCAAAUCUGAUCACAACACUCACCGCCAACUUGAGCACAAUCGAGACGGAAGUUGGAACACUAGGACGCAAUUGGAUUCCAUUUGCCGAAGCUCUACAGACGACCGACUCGCCAGAAUCCACAUACAGUGCGAAGAACAUCUCCAGUCUGAUCACUCCCAACAUGGUGCAAUCACUCACCACACCCGUGCAGCUGAUCAACGCAGCUCUCCGGGACAUUUCGGAUGUGUUUGGAACGGUGGCGAAGGAUCGUACUGCUGCCAUUGGGCACGAAACAGCCACAAAUGCGAGCGUUCAGAACGCGUACCUUGACCUAACCGGCAGCGUGGCAAUCGUGGCUCGAACACUUUCUGAAGCCGCCCGUCAGAUGGAGCAACAGAGCAACGGAACAGUGCGCCAGGUGCGUGACAGCUACGCCACGCUGCUCGGUCGGCUCGAGGAUACAUCGCAGGUGACACGCGUCAACGGUUUUCUCGAGAUGCUAGAAACGCAAGGUCAAUCACACAACCGGCGUAUGAACGAGCUUUUGGGUGAGCUAGCUGCUAACUAUACGCGAGCGGUUGAAGUCGCUAAGGAUGCGAUUGGUGACCGACUGUCAGCUGCAACAGCCGCCAUGGUGGACGAGGCCACUAUCAGUGAGAGUUCGUACGCGGAUCGAUGCCUGCAGCGUUAUGUGGCUGACUUCCGGCAGAUGUCGUAUGCACCGACACGGUUGUCGUCCUGCUAUCAGGUGGAUGCACGCACCGUCACGUACUUCUCGACGGCCAACACGGCUUUCCUUGAACAACUACGUUACGGAGCCGUGUACGCUAACCAGGCAUUGUCCGUGUGCCAGAGUCAGAGUUCAGCCAACUGCACUGCUGUGUACCUAGACCCGCUGGAAAGUGUAGCCGAGCGGAACCAGCUGCGAUUGGGCUUAUUCAUUGGCUUUUUGCGGGAGGAAAUGGCCACACUUACCGAAAGAUACGGCGUUUGCAUGCGUGCCAUCCAGGCGGACAUCGGGCAACUCGUGGAAGCGACGAAUCAGAAGUUUAGAAACUGCUUCCAGACUGGCAAAUAG